UUCCCGGCGAAUGUCUUGCUGAGCCGGGAAUGGCCGAGGCGCGGGAAGAGCAACCGAUCCAUUCUCACUUUGUGCCAUAGUCGCGGCAUGCUCUAGCUGCCUGGUCGAUAUGUCACCAUUCAGGCUUGGAACACUCUUGGGGCCGGUCGCAUCCCACUCCCGGGUCAGGAUGGCACGGAGCGCAAACCGGGGUGCUGCUUUUGCUGGCUGUGUGUGCUUCGUUUUGGUAGUUGCGUGCGCAUCGCGAUGGCUAGGCACUACGGAAAGGCCCGGAGAUCUCGUCGCACCGGGGCAUCGUCCAGCUCGUCGUCGGACACCCUUCCCUACACUUAGCAGCGCGCGGAGGGUGCCUGAGCUUUGUGGCCUGCCUAUAUCGCGGCGGCUUUGGUCUUUGGAAUCGAUUGUACUGGGGGUUUGGGGACUGUAUGCCGAAAGCCGAUUCUCUGAGACCGCCACUGGAGCCAACGGGACUGAGAGCAACCCGAUGAGCGAUGCGUCAGCCUUAUGCAGAUCCAUCGGAGGGCCUCAUCCGGGCCAGCAGCGCCAACACGCACUGACCCCGAGUGUUCUGUCGUGCGGUGCCUCUGCUGGAUCGCUGCUUCCCAUCCCGAAGACUCGUAGCAGGGACGUUGUUUUCGUUGUUGCGCACGCUCCUUGAGACGUGCUUGAGUUUCGACCCGGCCUGACUCAAGCUUGCCCGAGCGGCUGCAGGCCGAUCCGGUCCGUGGCGGGUGUAGGAGAUGCGGGCAAUGCGAGUGUCUCUGAAGCCUCCUGUGUAUGUGCACGACUGCGACUCAAGGCCACCGGACGUUCCGCCGGUAUCAAGCGAUUGGCGGUCUCGCUUGGAGCCCUGGUAGACCCGAGC